AUGGCACAAGGUCGCAAGUACGAAAACCUGCCCGAUCUGGACUCUGCGCCAGACAUAUACGAAACGCCCGAGCUGACUGAAGACAACUCUACCAUAGCGGCCACCACAACAGCCCCAUCGCCCCCCUCCUCCGCAGAUGAAGAGUCUGAUCAAGAGCACGCAAGUUUGAGCCAUCGGCACCUACAGACAGAGCAAGCACGGACGCACUUCCAGCCAGCUCGCGUUGACGCACGCGAUGUUGACUUUUCAGACCGCAUCAAUGGCCAGCAACGGUCAUACCGCACCACGUCCCAGCGGCGGCGGGGCGAUGAGUUGGGGGAUCUCAGUGACGAAGAGGAUGAGGAUCUGAUCAGCAAAGUUGACCGACUGCGGGAAGAGGUAGCGCGGGUCAAGAUAGAGUUCGCGAAGGAGGCAGAAAAGCGGAAGGCUCAAGGGACCUCCGCCCCCGAAUUAGCACACCCGUUUCAACAAAUCAUUGAAAUGAGCGAUGAGCUGGAUGAAGUCUAUGUGCAGCAACAACACGGCGGGGUGAAGGGCGCCGAAGCACAAUUGGCAAGAUCUGUCGCCCGAUUAUCUAUCAGUAAGAUCCCAAAGGGCCAGUCGCAGGCACAGAGCGAUACCCCCACUCCUUACAACCCGCCUCAGCGCUUGGAGAUCAGCCAUGCUCUAUCAAAAGCAGCAGAAUUCGAUGCAAGACUCGCGACGCUGGAGGAGUCUCUGGGCAUUGAUGGAACGAACAUGCCCCAACACGCGGAGCGACCGCCUGACGCGAUACUAUACACGCUCAACUCGCUAGAACAAGUCAUGUCGACUCUUUCGGCCGCCUCAACCUCCUCUCUGGAUACCGCUAGCAAGUCCGUGCGUAAGCUUGUGGAGGACGCAGAUCGGCUAGAAGAGCUGCGGAAGUCCACCAGUGGAGACAAUGCUGUCGCGAAAGGCACCGUUGCCACGGAGGGACUCCUCCUCGGUCACCAGGCGGAGGAACAGGUUGCGAAGAUCAAUGCGUUGUAUGGAAUGCUGGACACCAUUGAGACCCUGUCGCCAACUCUACCUCUUGUCCUCGAUCGUCUACGGGAACUGAGGUUGAUACAUACUAGCGCCGGGACUGCAGACGCAAUCUUGAAGGAGAUAGAGGAGCGACAAUCUAACCAAGAAGCCGAGAUCAAGCAAUGGCGGGGGUCACUGGAGGACAUGGAGAAAAAGCUGUUAGCUGGUGAGACCACCAUGACGGACAAUGUGAAGGGAGUAGGCGAUUGGGUGAAGGAUCUGGAGACGCGCAUAGCGAAGCUCUCUUGA